GGUCGAGAGAUGUUCACAUUCAACCCAAAUCUUCUGACUGGUGGAGAUGAGAUGGAAGAAGGUGACGAGUCUUUCGAUGUCCAUAAUCUGGGCAAAGAUCCGGAGAAUGAAGAGGAGGAGCGCUUUGAGUUUAAGGAAAUUGACAUGAACUCCUUGAUGUCAGAAUACCAAGAGAUUGACACGACAGCUUCAAUGUCAGUUGCCAAACCAGACAGACUACAGCAGCUGCAGGAUGAAGUGGCUUUAGCUGAAACUGAAGCCAAUGUUGUCGCAGAAGAAAAUGCAGAGGAUGCCACAGCUGGUGCAACGGUGGCGGCGGCAUCAGUCGACAUAGAUGAAGAACACUUUGGUGGAGAUGAUGAGGAUUUAUGGGCCUUGUGUUAUUGGGUAAAGGAUCUUUCACAUUUGUUAAAGCAACCUUUGGUGUUUUUGGUGUAUCAUUUCCUGGCCUAA